AUGCAAGCAAACAAUCAUGAAUGGACCAUUCUCGAAAAAUUGCUUUUAACACAAGCUGUGCAUAAAUAUGGCGAAAAUAUGUGGUUUCAAGUGGCUCGUGUAUUGAAGCAACAUGAACUCAUUCGACAACAAGGAAUCAAUCGUCCAUCUGACUUUUACAGUCAAAAGAAUUGUUCUUUUCAAUAUUAUCUGUUAGUUGAACAACUGGAAAGUGAAACUACCCACAUGUCAAGAAAUGAUUUGAGAAAUGAUAUGCCGGUGGUAGUUCGGGUAGCCAGACAUCUUUAUGCUCAACGUAUGGAAGAGAUUAAAGAAAGCUUGAAGAACAAUUUGAGUGAGUUUAGCCAGCUGGCAGGCGAGGUAAAUUCUAUCCGCAGUGGACAGUGGGAUAGUCAUUUACAGGAAAAGCUCUCACAACAGCAAAAUGGAGAUCAGAAAGCAGAAGCUGUUAAGAAGGAAGAAAUCCAUGUUAACGGUCAAAAGGAUACCAAUAUAGAUACCACUAAUAAUGAUGACAAAGAAAACAAGAUAAUGGAUGAUGCGGGAGGUGCUAAAAGAGCAACCCAUGAAUAUGGAACAGUGCAAGAAACCAAAACAACUCAGCCGCUACUACCUUCGCCACAGAAACAAUAA